AUGCAUCAUCUUCUGGUUAUUAACGUGCCAAUUAGUGAAAGUAGUUAUAAUGCAGACUCCAUUCAGUUCACCGGUGGCAUCAACAUCGAACAGUCGUUAGGGAAAGAACUUGUCAGUGCAUUUCCUGAACGUAUCACCAGUAACAACGAGCGCCAACGAGAUAACGGAUCAACAACAACAGCAGCACAAGGAGUUGAGGGAAUUUCUGCAAAUAAAGACAUCUUAGCAAACGCAACUGCAAGCGACUAUAGAUUUAAUCGAAACCGAACAAUGCAAUGGUUUCGGUCCGGACGCUCAAGCAAUAGUGGAGGACAUGGAGAUGCAAGCAGAACAACGAGCUACGAAGAAAGCUGCCCCGAAACGUCGUCGUUCAGCAUCAGGCAACAACAAGAAGAAUUCUCCACAGAAGAAGAUUCCGAAGACUCUGCCGGAUCCCUCGAUAGAAAGUUUCUUAGAUGUUUUGGACUUGAUAUGGACGGCGAACAUUUAUAG